GCUUCAACCCUGCUGAGCAGGAAGAGAAACUCUUCAAACCCUGGCUGUUGCUGAGAGGAGAGGAUGGCUCAGAGAGGAGCUCAGCUGGAUUCAGACAAGUUCUCUUGCUCCAUCUGUCUGGAUCUCCUGAAGGAUCCGCUGACGGUUCCCUGUGGACACAGCUACUGCAGCAGCUGUAUUAAAGAACACUGGAAUGAAGAGAAGAUCAAGGGAAUCUACAGCUGCCCUCAGUGCAGGAAGAGGUUCACACAGAGACCUGACCUGGAGAAGAACCUCCUGUUAGCAGAGUUGGUGGAGGAUCUGAAGAAGACUGAACUCCAAGCUGCUGCAGCUGAUCUCUGCUCCGCUGGACCUGAAGAUGUGUCCUGUGAUGUUUGCUCUGGGGGGAAGCUGAAAGCCGUCAAGUCCUGUCUGGUCUGUGUGGCGUCUUUCUGUGAGGAACACCUCCAACCUCACUACAAAGCAGCUCCACUGAAGAAGCACCAGCUGGUGGAGCCCUCCAAGAAGCUCCAGGAGAAGAUCUGCUCUCUUCACGAUGAGGUGAUGAAGAUUUUCUGUCGCACCGAUCAGCAGAGUAUCUGUUACCUCUGCACCAUGGACCAACACAGAGGCCAUGAAACAGUCCCAGCUGCAGCAGAGAGGAGGCAGAAGCAGAAGGAGCUGGAGGAGAGUCGACUAAACAUCCAGCAGAGAAUCCAGGAGCGAGAGAAAGAGGUGAAGCUGGCUCAGCAGGAGAUCGCUGAGCUGAAGAGGAAAGACGUCCAGCUGGAGCAGCUGGCUCACACAGAGGACCACACCCAGUUUCUGCUCAGCUACCCCUCAGUGUCAGCACUCAGUGAGCCCACACACUCCUCCAGCAUCCAGACUGCUCCUCUCAGAUACUUUGAGGAUGUGGCAGCAGCUGUGUCAGAGAGCAGAGACACAGGGACUAAAACCUCAGUGAGAACCGCUGAAGAGGAGCUUUUACUGCUUCAACCACAGCCAAAGACCAGAGCAGAGUUCUUACAAUACUCACAGCAGAUCACACUGGAUCCAGACUCUGUACACAGGUUUAUGUUGUUGUCUGACAGCAACAGAAAAGUAACUUUUACAUCAGAAAAACAGCCUUAUCCUGAUCAUCCAGACAGAUUCACUGAAGAUCUUCAGGUUCUGAGCAGAGAGAGUCUGACUGGACGUCAUUACUUUGAGGUGGAGUGGAGAGGAGAAGGAGUUGUUGUAGCAGUCUCAUACAAGAACAUCAGCAGAGCAGGAAGGAGAAAUGAAUGUGUAUUUGGAUCAAAUGAGAAAUCCUGGGCUCUCCUGUAUGAUAAAAAUUUGUCUUUUCGGAACAAAAAUGUUUCUUCUUCAGUCACUUCUCAGUCCUCCAGAGUGGGAGUGUACCUGGAUCACAGAGCAGGUGUUCUGUCUUUCUACAUCGUCUCUGACAAAAUGACUUACGCCCACGGCGUCGAGACCACCUUCACUCAGCCGCUACACGCUGGGAUUGGAUUUUGCUUUGCGAAUGAAGGAAACUCUGCAGAGUCCCUGAAACCUCAGUAG